AUGGGGAAUUUCAGAGGUCAUGCUCUGCCUGGAACCUUCUUCUUUGUCAUGGGUCUUUGGUGGAGUAUAAAGAGUAUUCUGAAAUAUGUCUGCAAAAAGCAAAAGCGAACCUGCUACCUUGGUUCCAAAGCAUUAUUUCAUCGAGUGGACAUGUUGGAGGGAAUUGUAAUAGUCAUUAUGGCUAUAACUGGCAUAGCUGGAGAACAAUUUAUUGCUGGAGGACCCUACCUGACCUUAUAUAAAGAGGGCCAGUGGAACCAACUCCCAGGCUGGCACCACUGCACCAUGUAUUUCUUCUUCGGACUGCUGGGUGUGGCUAACAUUUUAUGUUUCACCAUUAGUUCACUUCCAGUCUCCUUAACAAAGUUAAUGUUGUCAAAUGCCUUAUUUGUGGAGGCUUUUAUCUUCUACAAUCACACACAUGGCCGGGAAAUGCUAGACAUCUUUGUGCACCAACUGCUAGUCUUAGUCAUAUUUUUGACAGCACUGGUUACCUUCAUGGAGUUCUUCACAAGGAACAACAUACUUCUGGAACUCCUCCGGUCAAGCCUCAUCAUACUACAGGGGACCUGGUUCUGGCAGAUUGGUUUUGUCCUAUAUCCUCCCAGUGGAAGUCCUGCAUGGGAUCUGACUGAUCAUAGCAACAGCAUGUUUCUCACCAUUUGCUUUUGUUGGCACUAUGCAUUGGCCUAUGCCAUCAUUGGAAUAAAUUAUGCUUUUGUCACCUGGUUGGUUAAAUGGAGACUUAGGAGGCUCUGCCCCUCAGAAGUUGGACUCCUGAAAAAUGAUGAACGAGAACAAGAAUCAGAAGAGGAGGUGUGA